UUUCGCAAGGACAAAAGCUCUCACACAAACCCAAACAAAACUCUGUUCUGUUAGAAUCCCUCACUUUUCUCAAAAUCUAAAAAGCCUUUUUUUUCUUUUUCUUUUCACGAUUCUUUAUAUAAAUUUCCCCAAUUUUUUAAUAUUUUAAUUUUUUUUUAGAAUUUUUCACUGCCUAAAUAAAGAAAUAGAAAAAACAAACUUACAAAAGAAAAAGGGAACGAAUUCGUUUUCAUCUGAUUUAACUAGGGUUAGGGUUUUUGAUCGAUCUGAGAGAGAGAGGGGAUAUGGGUGCGGAAGGCGAUUCGAGUGAGUCACGACUCGGUGGAAAUGGAGGAGAGGAAGAGGAGGGGGUGAUGGUUAAUAUCCGGUGCUCGAACGGUACAAAAUUUACGGUGAGGACUAGCCUCGACUCAACCGUCGCAUCUUUCAAAGCUGUCUUGGCGCAGAAUUGCGAUAUCCCAGCUGAUCAGCAACGAUUGAUUUAUAAAGGGCGAAUCUUGAAGGACGACCAAACCCUUCAGAGUUAUGGUUUGCAAGCUGAUCAUAGCGUCCACAUGGUUCGUGGUUUUGCCCCAUCUUCAUCUACACCUCCUGCUGCUACCACAAAUGUUGGAACUCCUAAUACUACAACAGGGGUCACGCGGGGUGUUGGUUCUAAUGAGGGUGCUGGUCUGGGAGCACCCUUAUUCCCUGGACUUAAUCCACUUGGUGGUGGUGGAGGUGGAGGUGGAGGUUUGGGCUUGUUUGGAGCCGGACUUCCUGAAUUUGAACAAGUGCAGCAACAGCUAACUCAAAAUCCUAACAUGAUGAGGGAAAUAAUGAAUACACCUGCUAUUCAAGGUUUGAUGAAUAACCCAGAGUUAAUGCGCAGUUUGAUUAUGAGCAAUCCUCAAAUGCGUGAGAUUAUUGAUCGGAAUCCAGAGCUUGGCCAUAUACUUAAUGAUCCUAGCAUCCUGCGCCAGACAUUAGAAGCUGCAAGGAACCCUGAACUCAUGCGUGAAAUGAUGCGGAACACCGACAGGGCAAUGAGUAAUAUUGAAUCCUCUCCUGAGGGAUUUAACAUGCUUAGGCGUAUGUAUGAAAAUGUUCAGGAGCCAUUUUUGAAUGCUACUACUAUGGCUGGAAAUAGUGGAAAUGCUCCGGGUUCAAACCCAUUCGCAGCUCUAUUGGGCAAUCAAGGUGGUUCUCAAGCUAGGGACUCGCCUAACAACACUUCUACAGCUGGUUCUGACACAACUCAGGGCCAAACUGCCCCAAACACAAAUCCUCUUCCUAACCCUUGGAGCAACACUGGUGGUGGUGGUGGUGGGGGGACCCAGACCAACACUACGGCAAGAUCAAAUCCUGCUGGGGAUGUCAGGACACCAGGUAUUGGUGGUCUGGGGGGCCUUGGACUUCCAGAUAUGCCACCCAUGUUGAAUGGGAUGCCAGAUGCUUCUCAUUUGACUCAAAUGUUGCAAGACCCAGCUUUAUCACAGAUGAUGCAGAGCAUACUGUCUAAUCCCCAAUAUAUGAAUCAGAUUAUGAAUCUCAACCCCCAACUACGUGGAAUGUUUGAUUUGAAUCCUCAAUUGAGAGAAAUGAUGCAAAAUCCAGAUAUACUCCGUCAGAUGUUUUCCCCUGAGACAAUGCAGCAAAUGCUAGCUUUACAGCAGUCACUUCUGUCUCAUCAGCUCAAUCGACAGCAAUCAACCCAGGAUUCAGCACAGCCCGGUGCUACUCCAGGAGCACCCAAUACUGCUAGUCUGGAGUUGUUGAUGAAUAUGUUUGGUGGUCUAGGUGCUGGUAGCCUGAGUGUUCCAAACCAACCUGAUGUUCCCCCAGAAGAACUAUAUGCUACACAAUUAUCACAACUCCAAGAAAUGGGUUUCUAUGAUACACAAGAGAAUAUCAGAGCACUACGUGCUACUGCUGGGAAUGUCCAUGCUGCAGUUGAGAGACUUCUAGGAAAUUCCGGGCAGUAAUUUUCUCAAAAUUUCAUGUUUUUAAAUUUGACCAAGAACUCUCAUGUAAGACAUGUAAGAUUAGUUGAUUUGUCUUGGUGCCUUUAGCAAACCACAGAUUAUGGGCAUACAUGCUGAUUCCUUUUUGGGCGUGUUUAAUAAGCAAGUAAGCACGAUGAUAUACCCCAGAACUUGUUGAUAUAGGCUUAUGCAUACUUUGAUGAUUUCCUCUCUCGCCCGCGCACUUGCUUAUGUACAUACACUGGGAAUUACUGUUUUUCCUUUUUUUUUUUUCCGAUUUUAAUAACUUAGAGGAUGUUUCUGGCA